GACCAAUCAGCUCUUGCGCUCGGGUGACGUCGGCAUGACGUAUUUAUGAAAAAUGGCGGCUACCCGCAGCAGCGAGUUCGGCGACUUGGUUCAAAUUAAAAAACAACUUAUCUCGAUUAUAGCGCAGUGUAAGGAAAGAGGACUCGUCCACAGUGUGAAAUGGGCAUCAGAACUGGCUUUUUCUUUGGAUCCACUCCCUCUGAAUGAGAUCCCUGCAGCGCUGGAGCUCACCGAGGAGGACGCCCGAGAUUUGGAUGCCCUGUGUCUGGCCAAAUCAUACUUUGAGCUGAAGGAAUAUGAUCGAGCUGCGUAUUUUCUCCGCGGCUGCCGCAGUCAGAAAGCAUAUUUUCUCUACAUGUAUUCCCGCUACCUAUCAGGCGAAAAGAAGAAAGACGACGAGACCGUGGACAGCCUGGGUCCGCUGGAGAAGGGGCAGGUCCGAAACGAAGCCCUGCGAGAGCUCAGGGUGGAGCUGAGCAAGAAACACAGCGCCGGAGAGCUGGACGGGUUUGGGCUCUAUCUUUAUGGGGUGGUUCUGCGGAAGCUGGAUUUGCUGAAGGAGGCGGUGGAGAUCUUUGUGGCGGCGACACAUGCUCUGCCUCUGCACUGGGGAUCCUGGCUGGAGCUCUGCAAUCUCAUCACCAACAUCGAAAUGCUGAAGUCCCUGUCUCUGCCGGAGUGCUGGGUGAGGGAUUUCUUCAUGGCACACAUGUUCACCGAGCUGCAGAUGAUCAAAGAGGCGCUGCAGAAAUACCAGAGCCUCAUGGAAGCAGGCUUCGCCAAAAGCACAUACAUCAUCUCCCAGAUCGCCGUGGCUUACCAUAACAUACGAGAUUACACAGAUUAUCUGCUGAUAUUAAAUUAAAGUGAAGUCCAGGUAAUAUUCUGUUCAGAUCCUGUGUUUGUCUGUUGGCAGAGCAUGAAGCCGGAGCUCAGUUACCUGGCACACAAUCUGGUGGAGAUCGAUAAGUACCGCGUGGAGACGUGCUGCGUCAUCGGUAACUACUACAGUCUGCGGUCUCAGCACGAGAAGGCCGCUCUGUAUUUCCAGCGGGCUCUGAAGCUGAAUCCACGCUGUCUGGGGGCCUGGACCCUCAUGGGUCACGAGUACAUGGAGAUGAAGAACACCUCCGCCGCCAUCCAGGCCUACAGGCAUGCAAUUGAAGUGAACAAAAGAGACUACCGGGCCUGGUACGGACUCGGACAGACCUACGAGAUCCUCAAGAUGCCCUUCUACUCGCUCUACUACUACAGGAAAGCUCAUCAGCUGAGGCCGAACGACUCGCGCAUGCUCGUCGCUCUCGGGGAAUGUUACGAGAAACUGUCUCAGCAAGUGGAGGCCAAGAAGUGUUACUGGAGGGCGUAUUCGGUCGGCGAUGUGGAGAGAAUGGCUCUUCUGAAGCUGGCUAAGCUUCACGAGCAGCUGAAUGAAUCUGACGACGCUGCACAGUGCUACAUCAUCUACAUCCAGGAUAUUUUCUCGUGUGGGGUAAGUUGCUGGAUCUCUGCGCUGUUGAAUGUUUAA